GAUCGUUGUUAGUGAGUUUUUCCCUAUAGGUAUAUUAAUCCCAGAUUAACUACUAGUGGAUUGAUGAAUCAGUCUCCCUAGCAUCUUGCUUGCGUCCAUCCACUAUUCUGUGUAGAAUAACUCCCUAACUUUGUUUACUACGGAUGUACAUUGGGAAGGAUUUAGAAGUUUUGGAGUGGUGUGGAGACAGAAGAGGUUGGUUUUCCAUGCAUGUGUAAUGGCUCGCUUUGCUUGAGGCGGUGGAGAGAGAGAGGUCAAACUGUGUGGUUUAAUCAGCUUAGGACAGAUUCUGCUGAUGAAUUAAAAUCCUGUAACUAGUUACAAGGAGUCUGGCAAGAGAGUUGGCCGGAGAGACAGCUACCACUUCAGGAAAUCAGGAAGCACAACAAAAUUUAAUGCCUGUGUGUGUGAACCAGCAAUGCCAGCGAUUAAUAUAGAGGAUCUGAGUGAGAAGGAUAAACUGAAAAUGGAAGUGGAACAGCUCCGGAAAGAAGCGAAGUUAAAAAGGCAACCGGUUUCUAAAUGUUCUGAAGAAAUUAAAAAUUACAUUGAAGAAAGAUCUGGAGAAGACCCUCUCGUGAAAGGUAUUCCUGAAGACAGGAAUCCAUUCAAAGAGAAAGGAGGAUGUAUUAUUGCUUAGAAGAAGAAGACCAUGUUGUAACUGGAACUAAAUACUCAGCAAAAGUCUAGUCUGGGUUAAGUUCCAGGGAUUCUGAACUGACUUUUUAUGAGAACAGAAAUGCCUGCUUAUAUUUUCAUUCCCUGAUAUGUUACAGUUUUUUAAUCUCCUGUACAUGCUAGUUUGAAUUUGAAGAAAUAUAUUUGUAUAACCAACUACAGUGUUAUUUUGGUAAUGCAAAUUCAACAUACAUGAUGAAAAACUUCCGUAUUUGCAGAAUAUAGGACCUUACAUUCAAUAGGACGAAAAUGUUACCCUGCACGUAAAAAUAGGAUUUCAUUAAUACAAAUAAUGAAACUCUGACAAUA